CUUAAAACGUCUACGGACACUUCCUGAAUUGUCGGGCGCCGUUUUCCAGUUGCAUCAGCUCAACCAACGUGUUCUCUGUCUUUGUUUCGGGGUACUAUACCCUUUCGCCUCGCUCUUUUCAGAGCACCUACCUAGGCUCUCUCACAUUUAAACAUCCAGCGCAGCCGGCCUAUUGCUGACACGUUUCCAUCUCCCGCCUUCCUUUGUCACCCUUUCCAUACCCACCAUCUUCACUAUCCUUACCAUCUCCAUCGCUCUCGGCAUCUGUCAACAUGGCCAGUCGAGCAGCACAUAAGCGGUUGACCCGCGAGUACAAGACCAUCUCCGAGAAUCCACCGCCUUACAUCACGGCCCAUCCAUCAGAAACCAACAUUUUAGAGUGGCAUUACAUUAUUACCGGUCCCGAGAAUACUCCCUACCAUGGUGGUCAGUACUGGGGCACCCUCAUGUUCCCCCCGAAUUAUCCAUUUGCCCCACCUGCCAUCCGAAUGCACACACCCUCCGGCCGGUUCCACCCCUCGUCCCGGCUCUGUCUAUCCAUCUCCGACUUCCACCCCCGCUCCUUCAACCCGGCAUGGGAAGUAUCGACCAUCCUAAUCGGCCUCCUCUCGUUCAUGACGUCGGAAGAGAUGACCACAGGCUCCGUCUCCGCAACCGAGACGGAGCGCAAGUGCCACGCCACACGAUCGCGCUGGUGGAACUCAACGGGUGGCGGCUCGCAUAUCAAGGCUGGAGGGCCGGCUCAGAAAGGAAAUGUCAAGGCUGGGGACGGCGGCGCAAAGUUCAAGUCCGAGUGGCCCGACCUCGACAAGGUGAACUGGGAGUGGAUUCAGGAGAAUAAUAUCGACCCGGCAACCGGUGCUCGCAUCAGCAGCACCAGCCCAUCCUCGUGUGGGCCCCAGCUCGGAAUUGCCGCCGGAAGCGGCCACCAAACACAUGCUGUUGUGGAUGCCGUUAUGCAACAGCGAGACGCCGGCCGGGGUUGGCUGUUCCGGAAUAAGCUGGUCCUGGCUGGCAUGGCGAUUUUCGUGUACGUGUUGAUUGCUAGGUUGUUGGGUGAGGGCAGUUCAACCUCAUCCUAAAACGAGAUGCCGUUGUAUUUUAAAAGAGUCCUGCUUUCUUUGUAACAAACAGCGCGCAGUAAACCACUCGACAAAAAAAUCCCAAAACAUUAUGCCAA